AAUUUUACGCAUGCGCAUAAACAAGUGUUAUUCUUUUUCGAUGUAAAUGAAUUCAUAGCAGACUGAUUCCCGUUUAAAGCGAUCUUAGUAGACUUUAUUGAUUGUGCCGUUUAGAGAUGUCCGAGAAGAGUCCUAGCAUUAUUCUUUAUGCAUUGUUAAUCGAAUUUGACCAUUCUAAGGGCCUAAUUGUGGAAGCCUGUUAUCCUCCAUUUAAGGGCGAAGACAAUGAAGAAAAUAUACUUGAUAUUAGUUCUAUGCCAAAUGAAUGGACUAAUUUACCGAAUUUAGCAGUUCCUGAUGGCUCACAUAAAGUAACUGAAGGUACAGAUACGUCAUAUUUCAUCCUGCCAGGAAUUUCUGAAACAAAUCACAAUUCUAUUUAUGGAGUAUCUUGUUUUUCGCAAAUUGAUGUAUCCAAAAUUAUUAACAAACUGCAAAAGUUCACAAGGAAUACUGUACUUAAAGGAGUCUGUGUCCUAAGCACAAAGCCUUUAUUUGGCCAUAUACGUCUAUGUUUACAACCUUUAACGGAAGCUUACUUUCAAGAGUUACAAAUAGCUGAUGAAAACUUUUCAACAACUCAUUGGCUUAAAACUAUCUAUAAUCAAGUAAAUAUGGGACUUUCUGGAAGCUCUCUAAAUAAUGCUAGUCCCUUUCAAGAACUUAAUUGCAUCCAACUGGUUCAUAAUUAUAAAUUUUUUAUUAUUCAAUUAUUCAAGCUGUUGCUUAUUGAAAAAAGAGUUUUAUUUUUUUCGAAUAUUGAGAGUAAUCGUCUCUGCAGUGAUAUUUUAUGUAUUUUGUCUCUUGUUCCAGGAAUUCUUGAGGAAGGUCUUGCUGAUGCAGCUAAUUACGACAAAAACAAAAAAACAACUAUAGAAGAAGAAACUGAUCGAAGGGAUGAAAUUGUAGAAAUCAUCUUAAAAUCUUCUUCGGAGUCAACAGAAUCUCAAGAAAAUCAAAUCGAUUCAAACAUUCCUAACGAUAAACCUAAAGAUGAUGAAAUAUGUGAAAUUUCGUCAGAUACUUUCAAGGAAUCUAGUCAACAAGUUAUUACUGAUUCUGAAAUAUUUGAAAAUACUGCAAAAUAUUCCCUAUCCUAUGUUAAUUCUGCAAUUAUGUCAAAUUGGUUGGAAAAUGAUAAAUGUCCUCAGUUAAAUGACGAUCAAGCAGCUGAAAAUUUACACUUUAGUAAAUUUGGCUUCCCUUUAAAAAUUUUUUCCGAAAAUCGACUCUGUUUUCCAUAUUGCUCUCUACACAACCUGGAAACUCUUAAAAGUUCUACAACAAAGUGCUAUUGGGCCGGUGCUACUAAUCAAGUGUUCAAAAUGGAUACAAAGCAUUAUGAUGCUCUUGUCGAAAUAAAGAAUGACAAAGUGGAAUUAAAAUUUACUAACAAGGAGCUAGAGAAACUUACUCAACCAACAAGUGCCGAUAAAAAGUUUGUGGAUAUGAUCUUAAGAAUUACAAGAGAAAAUUCAUCUUUUCAGCAAUUUGAAAGAGAUUGGCAAGGAAGUGAAGAUUGGCUAAGACAUCAAUUUAAAAUGUAUUUGUUGUCGUUAGCCGCUGUAGCAGUAAACAAUGAUGCAUCUACGAUGGACGAUUUUAACAUAUCUUUUGUAAAAGCCUGGCAACUCACAAAUAACUUUAAAAUAUGGCAAAAUCAUCCCAGAACAAUACUUUUACAUAUUAAUCCCGAACAUUUGAAUCACGGGCAGUCGUAUUUCCCUGAAUUUGUUAAGGGUGCAAAAGACAAAUUAUCUCAAACUUGGAAAACAUCAGAAGUGGCAGGCAAACUUGUCCAAGAAACUACUUCUAAAGCUAUAUCACAAGUUUGGAGUAUGGUUAAAAAUACAGCUAGUGGCUCCUCCUAA